GACACCGUUGAAGAUGUGUGGGCUAUGCAAAAUCAUAUCCUUGGCGGAAUAACCGGGAAUGUCUUUUAGCUAAGGAUGGAAUGCGCCUCCCUAGCCACCCAAUGCUCUUGGGAAGAUUUCACAACGCUUGGGUUGUGCAGCGAUUUCAGAAACGUCACUAACAUUACCACACACAAUUGUAAAUAUCAAGAUCAUUCAGAUACUACUCCGUAUUUUUGCACUUUCGAUUUCCCGGGACUCAAUAUCGGCCAGAAUACCACCAUGGGGUGGGGAGACCCCGGCGAAGCGUUCAGUGGUCAAUCAUUUCUAUCAACGACAGCAUCAGCAUAUCUAUCCGCAGCCUGAACCCCAAACGGAGUGGAUCGGCUCAAUGGCUGUGAUCAAUAUCUCCACGGUCAUCGGGGGACCACCACAGCCAUUACAAUCAGCUGACGAGCGGGGACCAGUUGACGUACGGGGACUUGAGGUGUACUACUCUACCUGGUUUUGGUGUGCACAGACUUAUCAUGGGCUCACUGCGACACUAGGGGGGCUGGA